UGCGUCGAAUACGCAAUAUCUACCAACGAGUCAAAGAAGACACGACUGCCUCUUUCAACAUAGCAAAACAGCUGGAGUUUAUUUUUUAGUAUUUUGUGUUGAGACUUUUAACAGAACCAUGUUAGACAUUUUGAUAUGUAGAUAUAGACAUUAAAGAGUUAAAGAAAGUCAGGUGUUGACUCUGACUAAAGGUGCCCGCCUGCCGGAUGGUGCACGCGGGUCCUUAAAACUUCGCUUGUUGGACUGGAGAGAGAGAUUGACAGCGCUGGCGAUUUAAGCAGAACAAAGACAUUUUCACAGGUUUAGAACAACUUGAGGAUAUUCUGGGCGUGGUGUCAGUUUGAGUGACAGCUGAGGACACAAUCAGAAUGGCAGGAGUUUUCACCAUUGACCUGGAGGAUUCGAGUGAUGUGGAGGAUGAAGACUGCAACUUUACAGUAACAGAAACAGACGGUGUUCCAGCAAAAGAAGUGGAGCUGACAGGUGAUAAUGUGAACAGAGGCCGUGAGAAAGUGGGACCUGACUGCUUUGAGUUACUCAGUGUUUUGGGUAAAGGAGCAUAUGGGAAGGUCUUCCAGGUGCGAAAGGUGCAAGGUGCCCAGACUGGUAAAAUAUUUGCUAUGAAAGUCCUGAAAAAGGCCAAAAUAAUAUGUAAUGCAAAGGACACCGCACACACCCGCGCAGAGCGGGAUAUCCUUGAGACGGUUCGACAUCCGUUCAUCGUGGAACUUUGGUAUGCCUUUCAGACCGGUGGCAAACUCUACCUCAUACUCGAGUGUCUGAGCGGUGGAGAGCUAUUCAUGCAACUAGAGAAGGAGGGCAUCUUUCUGGAAGACACUGCAUGUUUCUAUCUUGGUGAGAUAACAUUGGCUUUGGGACACCUGCAUUCCAAUGGAAUCAUCUAUAGAGACCUGAAACCGGAAAACAUAAUGCUUAAUCAUCAAGGUCACAUUAAACUGACCGACUUUGGCCUGUGUAAGGAGUCCAUCCAUGAUGAAAGUGUCACACAUACUUUCUGUGGUACCAUUGAGUACAUGGCACCAGAAAUCCUGACCCAUUCAGGGCACAACAGAGCUGUGGAUUGGUGGAGUCUGGGAGCCCUGAUGUUUGACAUGAUGACCGGAUCGCCUCCUUUCACUGCACAGAACAGAAAGAAGACCACUGAAAAGAUUCUGAAGUGUAAACUCAAUCUCCCGCCCUACCUCACACCUGACGCAAAAGACAUGAUCAAAAAGCUGCUAAAGAAAAAUCCAGCACAGAGACUUGGUUCCAGCAAGGCCGACUGUGAAGAUAUCAAGAAACAUCAUUUUUUCAGACACGUCAAAUGGGAUGAUUUGCUGAACAAACGCGUUGAGCCGCCGUACCUGCCUCGCCUGCAAUCGGAUGAUGAUGUGAGUCAGUUCGACAGUCACUUCACCCGGCAGACUCCUGUGGACAGUCCUGAUGACACCACACUGAAUGACUCCGCCAACGCGUUUGCAGGGUUCACGUAUGUUGCACCAUCUGUGUUGGAGAGUUUAAAGGAGGCAUUUUCUUUUGAACCCAAACCUCGACAGAUAUGCAGACAGAACAGCAGUCCACACACAUCUCUGAGCUCUUCUGAGAUCUUUAGGAGCAGUGUUGAUGCCGAAGAGCCUCCAUAUGUCCAGAACAAAACACUUUCUCUGCAGAAUAUUGCCACACAGCCUAUCAAAACAUCAGGCCGAAAGAAGAAACAGAAAGCUCAUCAAAGUGCAGAUGAAAUAGACUGAACUCGGCAGAAGUGUUUGUGGUGUAUCAUACC